AGAGCAACAGCUGUUUUGCUAUCAGUUUUUUUGUGACUACAAGUUUUUGUCUGCGUAAUGUAAAUUAUAAUGCGGAAUUAAAAGGCCUGUGCCCCAGAUUAAGGAAGACCGGCACCCGGAAACUGGAACACGGAACCUGGAACCCAACAUGAGCGAUGCUGCCUACUCGGGAUUCUACGGUGGCAACCAGGUGAGCCACCAGCUGCACUUGCUCCCGCUGUCGCAUCCACACUCGCAUCUGCCGCUGCAGCAUCCACAUCCCCACCAGGAUCUGUCGCUAUCGACGCCGGUUCACGCCUUGGAACACGACUCCAACUUUGGGGGCUUCUUCGACGAUGAGCUCGGAGGUAUUGGAAAUGCAUCUACUGCACCCACUUCUGCAACUUCUGUUUGGCUGCCCGAUGGAGAAACGCCGGGGCAGGAAUCCCAGCCCAACCCGGCCAUUCCCUUUGUCCAGAUCCACACCACGGACUUGCAGCAGCAGCCGGAGAAGAGCUAUCGCAAUGCCUUUCGCCGGCGUACGGCGGAAAUUAAAUCGGAGGCGGAGCUAAUCAAAUCCGAACUGGCUGCAGAGGCGGCGGCCAAGGAGCGCCUCAAUGCCACGCCCACGCCGCCCACUCGCAACUCCAGCUGCGCCAGUGCGGAUCCACUGGAGGGCAAGGAGAUGGCGAUGGUCCAGGAUGGCCCUCCUUUGAUCCUGCGCUGCUCAAAUUGCCCGUUUUUGAGUUUGAGCCAAGCGCGCCUCCAACAGCACUUGCACCUGGGCAAUUGCUAUGGGAACAUGGAGCAGCAGAGGAGGCAGUGCCCAGGCUGCUCGAACAUCUUGUACAGCAGCGAUGCGCUCAGCUGGCACCUCAGUCUGGACCACCAAAUGGAAGACAAUGAGGUGCUGACCCUGCUGAAGGAUGGAAAGCCCAACGAAGUGCAUUCUAAAAAGCAAGCCCAGAUUGUGGUUCCAAACCGACCCAAGAGUCGCAUCUUUAUCAAGAGCGUGGACUGUCUACGAGAACCUCUGCCGGAUUUCUCGCCUCUAAUGCCAGAUAGUGGAUCCACGGGUAACAUUCUGGACCUGCUCGAAGGCGUGGCGGUGGGUGCGUCUCCCAGUGAACAGACUAUGCCGACAGCACCGGCUGCUGCCAAUGCACCCGCUCCACCGCCGAAGCCCAGCCAGAAGAUCUCCAUCAAGAGCGUGGACGUGCUCAGAGAGCCCGCCCUGCUGCCCUUUGACUUUCAGCUGCAGAGUCAUCCGCUCAUAACGGACAUCGUGGGCCUGGAGCCGCCGGAGAAACCUCGUCAGCCAAAGAUCUAUAUACGCAACGUGGACAUCCUUAAGGAGCCGAUGGUUCUGCCCUCCGCUCUGCCCGGAAUGGGCUUCAAUGGGGGCAUACCGUUGGCAGUGGAUUCCGGACAAGUGGGCUUACCUCUAGGCGACGGAGAUGUCUUCCAGGCGGAUGCUCUGCUCACGCCCACCACGUGUCCGCUGCCAGGAUUUGAGCCCAGCCUGGCUCCCCUGGCCCAGAUGUGUUCCUCCGAGGCCUUCCCCUUUGACUCCGUGCUGAAUGGCAAUGGAGGAGGAGCUGUCUCCAGUCUGGACAACACUCGUUUCAGUGCCCUGGACCUGGAUUUUGGCGUGGACUUUGUGUCGGAUGAGAACACGCCACCUCCUCCGCUCAACAAUGAUUCACUGACCACAAUGGCUGAACCGCAAACUGUGCAGCUGGAGCAUUACUUGCCACCCCCUGUUGCCCCCAUCACCACCAAGCAGAAGAUCUUCAUCAAGAACGUGGACAUACUGAAGGCACCACAAAGGGGCACUCUGCAUUUGCGAACCGUGGACGAACUAAACCUGAUGAACCGAACCGAAGUGGAGCACUUAAUUGUGCCCAACUUGGAGCCGAUGGCCAUGACCAUGAUGGAGCUGCCGCCCGUGGAGCAGCCACCGCUGGAGCUGGACACCCAGUUGAACACACAAGCACCGCCAUCGCUGGGCGAGUUCCAGCCCUCGAUUAGCGGCAGUUGGCCCAGCGAGGGAGGCUACGACCUGGCCGAGGAUUUAGAGUGCUGGCCCUGGAUGGAGGAGGCUGUGCCAGAGUCCGGACUCGGCUUGCCCACUCCCAGUGAAGCGGGGGGCGAGGCUUCGCCACUCGAGGAUCUCAUGGUCAAGGACUUUUCACAGUUGUAUGAACCGCCGCCAACGGAGGAAGCACCGGAUGCAGGGGUAGCGGGAGAAGAAUCAGGAGGAGGAGUAGGAGGAGGAGAAGGAGCAGUGCCACCACCUCUAGGACCUGUUACAUCCUCUGGAGGAACUGCCACUGUGGCCCAAAGUACACCCUUGUGCAGUCUGCCUGUCCCGCCACUAGUUCCCUUGGAAGCCGAGAAGCCAGCCCGCAUCUAUGUGGCCAAUAAUCUCCUGCCCACUGCCCACGUCGUGGAGCCACCGCAGCUUGGAGGUGGCACCUCCGUUCGAGGGCGUCCCUAUGGAGCCAAGCACUCGGGGGGCACCACUGGGAGCAAAAGGAAGCCGCCGCAGGGACCCAACCAGCAGCCAGAGGGCGGCAAGUGCCUGGUGGAGGGCUGCAUGUUCCGUUUCAAGUCGCCCGCCACCUUGGAGUACCACGGCAGGUGCCACAAUGGAGCCAGCAGCUCCUCGAACCAGCCCAUGAUCUGUCCGGAGUGCAGAUCCAGCAACUUUAGCAACUGGAACUGCCUGCACACGCACCUGUGGCGGACCCACCAGAUCGACAUGGAGCUCUACUCCUGCCAGUUGUGCAGCUUCAAGACGCCCAUCUACUCGCGUCUGGUGAACACCCAUGCCAAGAUUCACUCGGAGGAGCGCAACUACAAGUGCGAGCAGUGCGGCAAGGGCUUCAAGAACACUAAGCAGCUGAAGAACCACCGACGCUUGCAUCGCACGCAGGGAUUGGGCAUGGGAAAGCCAACUGAAGUCGAAGCCAGUGCCGUGGUGAUGCAUCGCUGCGAGGAUUGCGGGGCCGCCUUCAAGCAGAGGAAAUCGCUGAGGGAGCACCUGUGCAAGGAGCGCAACGAGCAGCUGGAGUGUCCCGAGUGCCAGCGGGUUUUCGGCUCCAAGAGCAGUCUGCGACUCCAUUUGCGAAGUCAUCAGGAGCAAAAGCGCUUCCGCUGCGACGCCUGCGACCAUGAGGCCAGCGAUCACAAUGCCUUCCGGCGCCAUUUGGCCACCCACAAGGAGCUGAGGCGCUACUCCUGUCCCCAUUGCGACUUUCGGGCCAUCCAGAGCACCGCCUUUCGGAUACACCUCCAGAAGCGCCAUCCCGAGCAGGAGCUGUCCUCCAUCAUUUACAAGUGCGACCAGUGCAGCUUCACCAGCAUCAAUCAAGGCCUGCUGCAGGUUCACCAGGCCAAGCACGAAGUCCCAAGUCCAAAUCAAUCACAAAUCAAGGUGGAGAGCAGUGUGGUGCUCGCACAUUCCAGUACAAAGGUGGCCAAGGAGGUGGUUCUGGCUCAGGCAAAUGUCCUGCAGGCUUCCUAAGGGCGAAAACCUGUACAUAUUUUAGGCAUCAGCAUGUGCGAAAACUCUCACAAAGUGCCGCGUAGUUUGUAUCGAUGUUUAAUACCAAAACUAUACCAAUGUUCUUAGUGUUUAAGAUGAUCACUUCACGGCGGUGCCAAAAUCAUUCUUAUUUUCUAUGAAGUGUUUGGAUUGAAUCCAAUUUGUAACAUAAUUUCUAUUAGGUGUGCCACGGAAAUCACUAGGAUUUUAGAUCUAGCUUUAAGGUGUUUUAAAGUUUGCAACUAUCUUAAAGUCUUUUGGAUUUAUUUUGAAGAUGCAUACUUUUAGACAGUUUUUUAAGUGAUUUUAUUGUCCAAGAGAUUUCUUUGGCACCUCUGUAUAUUUUUCUUCCUAUACGAAGUCAAAUUUUAGACCUAGAAAUUACUAUUUUCUUCGUUCUAUUUGUGUAAAUAUUUACCAUAGAUUUUUAAGGUUCUAUUUUUGUACAUACGUAUGUAUAUAAUGGUUAAUUGGGAAAGGCUUAAUUUAGUUGAACUCCAGUUUCAUUCCCUGUAUAUAGAAAGCUCACAACAGUGCGAAAAUGUCAAGAAAAAAAUACAUUUUAAAAUCUCAAA